UUUACAAUGGCGCGGUCUAUGUCAUACACUUUUAAAAGACUUACUGUGAGUUUUCUGGCUGUAACCUUAAUAUGUCUGUGGAGCAUGAAUUCCUCAAGAGUCGAUGAAAAGUUUAGGACUAGUGUUCGAGAAACCCAGGGAGUGAAAAAACGCUUUUAUGUCAAAUCCGGAAAGUGUGAAAUGCAUUAUGUAGAUCCCUUCAAUGCGGAGUUCUUAAAAAUCAAUCACCCAAAGAAAUUUAUACCGUGCACAAAUGAAAGUGAUCUUGUUUCUGCACACUACGAUAAAAUAUUGAAUCGAUAUGUGCUUCACACAAAUGAGGAAGUGCUUCACGAGCUGUCCGAGUCAAAAACGAAUGACUUUGCUUGUUUUUAUCAGAAAAUUAUUUAUGGUCAAUCAGCGGAUCAUUACGACAGGAAAGGUAGAAGAACCAAAAUCAGUCAGAACUAUUUGGUGCCUUUGGAUGUCGAAGGGAUGUUGGUGGAAUGCAGGACCGCUGACGAAAUGAGAGUCCUCCAAAGAGAUGCUUUUGUAUUUGUGCAAUACAAGCAUCGUCCACAGAAAGUAAAGCCAAAUAAUAAGGCCAGUGUUAUUAUGUACGGUAUAGAUACUGUCUCAAGGACCAAUCUUCGCAGGAUGAUGCCCAUUGUACACGAGUUCCUCAAGUCUCCAGGAUGGUACGAAAUGAUGGGCUACAAUAAGGUGGCUGAUAAUUCCUUUCCCAACAUAUUCGCUAUGCUAACUGGCUUUUCCCCGGAGUCGGCCGAAAAACGAAUUUGUAAUACGGAUGUUGAUGGAUGUUUGGAUAAAAUACCUUUUAUAUGGAAGGAGUUCAAAAAAGACGGGUAUUUAACAGCCUAUGCUGAAGAUGAGGAGCACUCAAAUACCUUCAACUAUGCAAAGCCAGGCUUCGCCGUGAAGCCCACAGAUUAUUAUUUUCGUCCAUUUCUAACCGCCCUUGAAAACGAGACUUUGAUCCAAUAUUGCCCUGAUUGCCUAAUGAAAUAUUGUCUGGGUCGUCGACUUGCCAACAGCUAUAUCUUCGAUUACUGCCGCCAGUUUAUGCAACGAUUCGUUGCCGAUCGCCCUAUCUGGGGCAUGUUUUGGACGAACCAUUACAGCCACGACGACUUAUUUAUGCUCUCGGCCAUGCAACACAAGAUCCUAGAAGAUUUGCUCAAUUUUGAAAAGGAUGGGGCUUUCGAGCAUACCAUAAUGAUAUUCUUCUCAGAUCACGGAGCUCGUUUCGGUCCUCUCAUGUACACGAAAGAAGCUUUUCUAGAAGAGCGGCUGCCUAUGAUGUUCAUUUACUUACCACCCUGGUUUCGAAUAAAAUAUCCUUACUAUGUGGAGGCUCUGGCUCAGAAUCAGAAUCGGUUGAGUUCCAACUUCGACGUGUACAAUACCUUGAAACAUAUUAUUAACAUUGAAGGAUUGGUGGAGGAUACCAAACGGUCCUACGACUGCCCCCAGUGUCAGUCGCUUUUUUAUCCCCUACCAGAGAAUCGAAGCUGUUCGGAGACUGGCAUAGCGGAGGCUUACUGUACGUGCCACAACUACGAGGAAGUCACGGAGGACCACGGGACUUGGCGCAUGGCCGAACUGGUGGUCGAUCGCAUGAACAAAUACCUGCAAUAUCAUAAUCUGCAGAAUCUUUGUAGUAAUCUCACCCUGAGGGUAGUCAAUAACACUGAAGUAAGAAUGCACUAUAAGGACGUAAAUCUAGCAAAGGGAAUGCGACACUACCAUACCAAAUUUCAAGUUCAUCAAAAUUUGGCUGAGUUUUUUGCCACUGUUCUCUACGAUAGGGAGACAGAAGAACUCCAGAUAAAUGUGGAGCUCAUCAGUCGAACUAAUAUGUAUGGUACCGAUUCAGAGUGCGUCAGCAAUAAGAUUCAAAAGCUAUAUUGCGUUUGCUUGUCAAAGCUGCGAGCUAUAAUAAAGUGAAAAUAAACUUGAUGUUAUAUAAAACAAA